AAACGGAGGAAGAGUUCGAUCAUGAAGUUUGGUUAUUCCUCUGGUCAAAUUCGAUUUGUGUUUUAAGCAACUGAAGUAACAAUGUCGAAACCGAUCCUGCUCGUGUGUCUACUAGUUAUACUUAUAGUUACCUCUCAGUUUGAAUGGAGACAACCACUUGUUGAGUUAGAUACAGCCACCAGCUUGUCUCAGAAACAGCAGCAAAUUUCAGAUAGGGAAGAAGCUGUCAAAGAGAAGAUCAUCAUAUCACAAGAGAGACAUAUCCAGAGGCUAAAUGAGCUUGUCAGGAGUCUUCAAUUGCAGUUGCUGCAAUGCAAGGGAGAGAAUGAGACCCAAAAUGCCACCAAAAGCUAUCAUCUAAACAAACAAUUCAUCGAGGUCGAAAGGAAACAAAUCCUGGAAGGCUAAACUAUGAAAAACAUUUAUAAACAACUGAAUUGGUA